AUGUCCUUUUUUUUAUAUAGUAAAUUUCAAGUAUAUGAAAUUGGAGAAUACUAUAAUAAUGUCAAAUGUGGUUUUUGGAAAUAUUUUCUAAAUAAAAAAGAUAUGUAUAUACAAAGUUAUGAUCUAGCGGAGGUGGAUAAUGAGAUGAUUAAGGUUAAAAAAUGGUAAAAAUAGUGAUGAAUUUUGGGAGUAUAUUUGCUUCUUUUGAUUUUUAGACUAAGCCAAAUCAUUUAUAAUAGUAAAUAUAAAAACGGAAACAAAGUUGGUCUUUUGGGAUACCUAUUUUGAGGAGGAUGGGAAAAUUAAAUAAUUUAAAUUAAUUUAAGAUUAUGUUAUAAUUUGUAUAUCUUUUUCACCAAUUAUGAAAAAAAGUGUGGAAGUAUUUAUGGUGAAAAAAUAUUGAGUUUGAAUUUUAAGGUCCAUUAAAUUUGGGAAGUAGAUUGAGUUAAGUUAUAGGUUUUGGAGGUAAAGGUUUACAAGUAAUUUUUGUUAGAAACAGUUAAAACAUUUUUAUUGGAAAAUAUAAAAAUGAUAAAGAAAUUGGGACAUGGGAUAUUUAUUUUAAUUUACAUUAAUGUAAAUUAGUAUUUUUAAUUUUUUAAAUAAAAUCACAAAUAGAGAAGGCGGAAAAUAUGAUAGUGAAGGCUCAUAAAAGAUUGGAAAGUGGAUAGAAAUAAGUGAUGGAUUUUGGAGGUAGUAUUAAUUCAUAUAUAUAUAUAUUUGAAAAGAAAAAGAAAAAUAGUUUUUAUUGGUGAAUAUUAGAAUAGAAAGAAAGUUGGAAUGUGGAAUUUUCCAUUUUUUAAUUGGGAUUAUGAUAAACCAAUAGAAGUGAUGUAAUAGCUUAUAGGAUAAUAAAAUUAUGGCAGCGGAUAAUAUGAGUAAAUAAAAAGGGGCGAUAGUAAUAUUAGUUAGAUUAAGGCAGGAAAUUGGAUUGAAUUGAACGAUAUAUUUGAGCGGAAUUAUUAACUAAAAUAUCAUAGUGAAUAUUAAAAUGGUAUAAAAAUUGGUAGGUUGGAUAUUGAGAGUUGA